AUGAGUACUACGAGUGAACAAUUACUCUGUUUACUUGAAGAAAAUGCUUCUUUGUUGAAAAAAGCGCAAGUAAACCUGAAGAAAUGUCCUAAACAGCGGCUGACAAAGGGGUAUAUCGGAGGACGGUUAAAGUGUAUUGAGGAAUAUUGGCAAUCUUUUAAAACUGCGCACCAAGAAUUAGUAAGGUGCACACCAAAACAACAGCGAAUGGAUAUACAAUAUUUUUCUAAUGGAGAUUACAUCGUGGAAGAGAACUUGCAGGUGUUAGAUGAGUCAUCGAAUGCUAUGAUUGUUUACCUUACCGUACAAAGGCUGGACCUGGAAACUCAUAAAGCAUGGGAGGAUGACAUUUGUAACUAUGAUUCGGAUGUACUACCUACUUGGGCAGAAUUAAAGAACUUUCUGGAGAGGCACUCUGCCGUGAAGUGUCGUCUGCAGGUGUCAUGUAGGUUAUGUAAGCGACGGCAUCACACCUUAUUACACCAACCUAAGAACGACAAACCGUCAGACAGUCUUCAAGCUCACUAUACAGACGUUGAAGACAAUCAAGAAUCAACAUUUAAAUUAGAUGAUCAACCAGCAGAAGUUCUACUAACAUCGCAUCUGGCGACUAAGCGGACCACCGCUUUACUCGCUACAGCUCUUCUGCCUGUUAAAGAUGAAAGAGGUCACGUUACGAUGUUACGCGCGUUAAUAGAUCAAGGCUCCCAGGCCAAUUUUAUAAGUGAACGAGCAACCCAAUUAUUACAUCUCAAGGGAACACCUGUAAAAGGGACUAUCACUGGCGUAGGUUCGACACAUCAGUGA